CCGGCCGGCCAAAAGAAAGAAACAAAAUUACACAAAACCAUUUCAUUAAUUAAUUCAUAUAUUUAUAUUAUGGACUUCAUUUUCAACUCCUCCUUCCUCCUAUCAACCACCACCACCACGACGACAGUCUUCCUAAUUAUUUCUGGCCUGAUACUCAUCUUUUUGACCUUCAUUUUCAUCAACAACUGCCUGUUGUUAUGGAAAUCGUCGACGUCAACGAUGACGGUAGUGGCUAAAAAUGUAAUUCACGGAACUAUGGGAUGGCCUUUCAUUGGCGAAACCCUAGAUUUCAUAUCAUGUGGUUACACUGACCGUCCUCAAUCGUUCAUGGAAAAACGUCGUCUUUUGUAUGGGAAGGUGUUCAAGUCUCAUUUGUUUGGUAGCCCAACAAUAGUAUCAACCGAUGCAGAAGUGAGUAGAAUCGUCUUACAAAGCGAUGCCAACAGUUUCGUCCCAUCGUAUCCGAAAUCGUUAACAGAGUUGAUGGGAGAAUCGUCGAUUUUGCUAAUAAACGGAAGCUUUCACCGGAGAAUUCAUGGGCUUAUCGGUGCCUUUUUCAAGUCUCCAUAUCUUAAAGCUCAAGUUACUUGUAAUAUGAGAAAGUUGCUACUUGAAUCCAUGGCUACUUGGAAAGAAGACUCUCCUAUUUACAUUCAAGAUGAAACUAAACAUAUUGCCUUUCAAGUACUUACCAAAGCUUUGAUCGGUUUGGAUCCGGGAGAGGCUGAGAUGGAGUUUUUGAUGAUUCAGUUUCAAAAAUUCAUCGCGGGUCUUAUGUCAUUACCCAUAAAUCUACCAGGAACUCAACUUCAUCGAUCGUUACAAGCCAAGAAAGAAAUGGUUAAACUAGUCCUAAAAGUUAUAAGUGAAAGAAGGGUAAAUAAUGGUGAUGACAUUUCACAUGAUGAGGAAAAUUCAAAGGAUGUGGUUGAUGUGUUGCUCAAGGAUAAGAGUGAAAAGCUAACAGAUGAGCUAAUAUCCGAUAAUAUGAUUGAUUUGAUGAUUCCCGGAGAGGAUUCUGUGCCGGUACUUAUAACGUUAGCCAUAAAAUACUUAUCGGAUUGUCCCAAAGCUCUCAAUCAACUUAAGGAGGAGAAUUUGGAAUUGAAAAGACGUAAAGAAGACCUCGGAGAUCCAUUGUGUUGGGAUGAUUACCUAUCGUUGUUGCCAUUUACACAAAGUGUGAUUACAGAAACCCUAAGAUUGGGUAACAUAAUAAUGGGGGUGAUUAGAAAGGCUAUGAAGGAUGUGGAGAUCAAAGGGUACCACAUACCAAAAGGAUGGUGUGUGUUAACUCAUUUUAGAUCAGUCCACCUUGAUGAAAAUUACCACGAGUCGCCACACCAGUUCGACCCUUGGAGAUGGCAGGAUAGGGACAUGAGCAAUGGUAGUAGCGCUGGGUUCACACCUUUUGGGGGAGGGCUCAGGCUGUGUCCUGGCCUUGAUCUGGCCAGGCUAGAAGCUUCCAUAUUCCUCCACCAUUUUGUUACCAAUUUCCGGUGGGUAGCUGAGGAGGACACCAUAAUCAAUUUCCCAACAGUUAGAAUGAAAAACAGAAUGCCAAUCUGGGUCAAAAAAGAGAUUUAAGAGGUGGGCCGGGUUAUGUUUAUGAUUCAAGAAUAUACAUUUAUGGACCCCUUUUUGUCUAAAGCAAAAAGAAAAGAUGGAUGCUAGCUAUGAUGAACAACUUAACCACACGUGUGGGUACGUGGCCAAGAUGAUGCUGAAAUUUUUGUCCCACAUUCCACAAGUUGCACACAUGCAUAAGUUAAAAAGGACACAAUUAAUGGAAACAGGAACACCCUUUUAUGUAAACUUGAUGAGUGUUUACUAGUAAUAAUUUUGCAUAGCUAGCUAGUUUUUCAUUUCAAAGUUAAUUAGGGAUCAAAGCUAGCUAUCUAGUAGUGCAAACUGUUCAUUAAUAUCAUAUGUAUAUAUAUAUGUAUAAAGAAACGUAGUUAAUUACUUUGGUAUAAAGAUUCAUGUAGUCACAUUGUGAGAUGAUUGACAUCAUUCGAUA